AUGAAUUUUAACAGAUAAGAUAACCUUAAUAAAAAAAACCCCAUAUUAUAUCGUCCAAAUAGAUUAUAUUCAAUUUAAGAUAGGCAUAAAACUGAAGAUCUUAAAAUUUUAGUAGAAUUAUCAUGUAGAAAAAAUUCUAUCCAAGAUCAGCCUUCAACUUUUAAAUAAACAAAUUCAUAAAGAGUCUAAAUAUAAAAAUAUAGAAAUCUUUAUUUAUAUGAUAAAAAGCUAUUCAAAAAUAGAAGAGAAUCAAAAUCUUCCAAAGAAAAUUGUCAUGAACAUAAAGAAUCUAAAUUCUCAAUCAAGCCAUAAAAACCAACAACUCAUUUGCCUUAAGAUGAAGAAAUGAUAAUAUUUAAACUCAAACUUAUGAAAUCAGAAUUUAUUAAAAAUAAGAUUCCAGACAUCCAAAAAGAAGUAAAGGUAAAUUAAUUAAGGAAUAUAAGAAAAGUUUCUAAUAUAAAUAUUGAGCCUAUAAAAUUCAAUAAAUUAAUUGUUUUACCUUCAGUUAGAGGAUGGGAUAAUAACAACUAAAGUUCUUACAGAUCUAAUUGA